AUGCCCUCCUCGCAGUCCCGCAGCACCCACCUGGAACGCCACCUUAACCGUCUCUACCGCGAAGCAAGUUUCCGCUUCUACACCGCCUUCCAACCCCAAGUCAACACCUUCCUAGUCCCGCACUGGUGCCAGGUCCUAGACAACAGCCCCGCCGCCCUCGCCUCAUUGGCCGAACAGUACUGGAAGCCGCAGUUCAACGGGUCGUAUCAUGUCGGUAAGGAGGAGUUUGAAGAUGAGGUUAGGCAGUGGAAGCAGUGGACCGCGAAGGUGAGGACGGAAAAGCCGAAUCAGAACGCGUGGGAUGCGGCGGAGUGUUUGUUUGAUGUGGGGAGAUGUUUGGCGUGUGUGGGUCGUGAGAGCGAGGGAGCGGAGUGGGGAUGUUUGGCUGAGGAGUUGAGGGGGUAUGCUUCAUACUCGACUCUACCGAGCGGUAGGACGAUCGAGGCUCGCUACAAUGAAAUGAGGAGAUACUUGCUAAAAGCCAACCAAAGAUGGCUCUAUCUUUUACCAGACUCUCGUCCCGCCCAUGGUCUCUCAUGUCUCGAUCCUCUAGAACACUAUCGCGAGUGCUACAGCACGUAUAAGCGCAUCUCAUCUGUGAUUGUGGAUUAUGUCGGGUACGUCUGA